UGCUGGUUGAAGUACUUGUGAAAAUUGCUCACCUGCAGGAAACAUGAGGUCGCAGUACGUCACGGCGCCCACGGUCACUGUCCUUCUGUUCCUGCUGUGGAUCCAGUCGUCAACAGGCUGCAAUAAGGCUCUCUGUGCUAGUGAUGUCAGCAAAUGCCUGAUACAGGAGCUGUGUCAGUGCCGCCCUGGGGAAGGGAACUGCUCCUGCUGCAAGGAGUGCAUGCUCUGCCUGGGCACACUUUGGGAUGAGUGCUGCGACUGUGUUGGUAUGUGCAAUCCGCGCAAUUACAGUGACACCCCCCCAACAUCCAAGAGCACUGUCGAGGAGUUGCAUGAACCAAUUCCUUCCCUUUUCCGAGCGCUGACAGAAGGGGAUACUCAGCUGAACUGGAAUAUCGUUUCCUUCCCUGUGGCAGAAGAACUGUCGCACCAUGAGAACCUCGUUUCCUUUUUAGAAACAGUGAACCAGCCACAGCAUCAGAACGUCUCUGUUCCAAGCAACAACGUCCACGCACCUUACUCUAGUGACAAAGAACACAUGUGUACUGUGGUGUAUUUUGAUGACUGCAUGUCAAUACAUCAGUGCAAGAUCUCUUGCGAGUCCAUGGGAGCAUCCAAAUACCGAUGGUUUCACAACGCCUGCUGUGAGUGUAUUGGGCCAGAAUGCAUCGACUAUGGCAGUAAAACUGUAAAAUGUAUGAACUGCAUGUUUUGAAGCAGGAAAAUUGUAAUAUAGCGAUACUGAGGCCAAAGUAAUCUCUCUCGGAUAAAGAGACGGGGAUUGCAAAUACUGCCUUUUGGUGGAGUGCCUACUGGUUGCAAUUAAAUGUACCUGGUUGAAAAAAAAGAUGUAUAAAAUCUGAAAACUUUUUUCUUUUUUUUUGUAAUUCAUUUAAGCAAGGCUAACUAGUAGAAAUUUCAACACUAUGUUUUAAGUUUAUUUUUCUUUAUUUCUGCUCAAAUGGUACAGCCAUGCUCAUCCCUGCUGUUCUGAUUGUCUUCCUUUGAUUUGAAAGUAUUG